ACAUCACGAAGAGGAACAGAGCCAUUCAUAUACGAUCUAGAGCAUUGGAAUUUAACCGUUGGAGUUUUUGGAAAGAAAAAGUUGGAAAAUGAAGGCAACUCUGGCGGUCGCAGCUCUCGCUGCUGGUGUUAGUGCUGGCAGUGUCCACCACAGACACAUCCACGCCCACGCGAAGAAGGGUUACGAAGCUGAGGAUACUUGUGGCUGCACAACUGUCUAUAGCACCUACUAUGGCGAGCCUACUCUAAUCUUCCCCCCUGCCCCAUCGCCGGAGCCCACGACGGCGUCUUCCACUCAGGUCGUCGUGCCUACGCCGAUUCCUCAGACAUGCCCUACCACCGGUGUCUACACUUUCCCAGCCACCACCAUUACUUUGACCGAUUCUACUACUGUCGCCGUUCCAUAUACGACGUCGGUUCCUGCUGGUACACACACUCUUGGUGGUGUUACUACUGUCGUGACAACUGCCACCACUGUCGUAUGCCCGUACGCUACUGUCUCGACUAGCGAGGGUGUAACAACGAGCGUUAUCGAGAGCACCACAUACGUGUGCCCGUCCGCUGGUACUUACACUAUUGCCCCUACCACCACGACUGUGACCGAGGAUACGACUGUGACUAUCCCCUCCGUCACGAGCUACCCUGCUGGUACAUACACUCAGCCCGAGGUUGUCACUACUGUCUAUGAGACGAGCACUGUAGUAUACUGCCCCUUCGAUAUCCCAACCCCAUCAAGCAGCUCGGUUGAGACCUAUGUCGCCGAAACCACUCCUGUCGAAACACCAGUCUAUGUUCCGGAGACCACCAGCACACCCGUUGUUGAGACUCCCAUUGUUGAGACUCCUGUUGAAGUGCCUACCUACCCUGUUACGACCUCAGUGCCUGAGCCCUCGACAACAUCCUCCAAGCACACUCCAAAGCCCACUCAGGGCAGCCCCGGCAAGACCCCUGCCAAGGGCACUCCUGGAAAGCCUUGGGCUGUCACCUACACUCCUUACCAGACAACCCCUGGUGGUGGUUGCAAAUCUCAGGGCGAAGUGAACAGUGACAUUGCUGCUAUUGCUGCCGCCGGCGUCACGACCAUUCGUGUUUACUCCACUGACUGCAGCACUCUUGAGUUUGUCGGCGGUGCUUGUGAGGCUCACGGGAUCAAGAUGAUUCUGGGUAUCUAUGUCGAUGAGCCUGGCUGUGAUGCCGGCAACCCCAGUGUUACCGAGCAAAUUAGCUCAAUCAAGGCUUGGGGUAAAUGGAAUCUCGUCUCUUUGAUUACCGUUGGUAAUGAGGCUGUUUUGCACGGCUUCUGUACUCCCAGUGAACUUGCUGGUCUCAUUUCUACCACCAAGGAGCAACUCAGCUACACUGGACCUUAUUCAACUGCCGAGACCGUCAACAUUUGGCAACAGGAAGAGUUCUCCAGCCUUGUCUGCCCUGUUGUUGACUUUGUCGGUGCCAAUGCUCAUGCUUUCUUCAACACGGAGACAACUGCCGAUCAGGCUGGUCAGUUUGUUAAGGGCCAGCUUGAUAUUAUCGAUAACAUUUGCGCUGGCAAGGAGGGCCGUGUCAUGGAGACCGGCUGGCCCAACGCUGGACAGGCUCUUGGUCUGGCUGUUCCUGGUGCCAGCCAACAAGCUGUUGCUAUCAAGUCCAUUGUUAAGGAGCUUGGUGACAAGGCCGUCAUCUUCAGUCUCACCUCGGAUGCCUGGAAGGACGGUAACACUCAGUGCCAGUGUGAGCAGCACUGGGGUUGCGCAUCUGUGCUUGGCAUCAACAUGUAAAGGCAUUGAUCAAUCUCUGCAUGAUUCAAGGGGCUUUAUUUUACAUACUUGAACGUAUUUCGGUCAAGGUAGAACAAAUCAUGGGUUGCGUUGACAAUUAUUGCGGUGUCUCGGAAGAUCACACGGGUGAUUACAUAUAACCCUCUAAGCGUGGCGAUUAGAAAACAUUAGCUUCCAUAUGAGUCGUCGCGUGGUUGUGGGUCUGUCUCAUAAUAUUGUAAUUUACUAGUGUCUAUUUAUGAUUUAUUGGUGUCUUGUUCCCAAUAUGCUCCCAAUUCUCG